AUGGAUCGAGUAAGUAAUGAAACAUAUUUGACCUUUGGUGGACAUGUGGAAUUGUACAAUUACAGAUUUCUGUACUUUGUUAUUAUGUUUGGAAUUUAUAUUCUAAUAAUCUGCAGUAAUUCUGUCAUCUUGUUCCUCAUUUGGAUUAAGAAGAACCUCCAUGAGCCUAUGUACAUGUUCAUUGCAGCUUUACUCCUAAACUCUAUUCUUUUCAGCACUAAUGUCUACCCAAAACUGUUGAUUGAUUUUUUAUCAGACAAGCAGAUUGUUUCUCAUUCACUAUGCAGUUUUCAAGGUUUCAUUUAUUACUCUCUUUGUGGUUCUGAACUUUUUCUGUUGGCAGCCAUGGGUUAUGACAGGUAUGUGUGUAUAUGCAAACCUUUGCAAUAUUCAACUAUUAUGAAUAGAAGAACAGUCACUAGUUUACUAGUUUCAGCUUGGCUUUUGCCAGCUUGUCAGCUUGUGCCAUCACUUGUUUUAACCAGCAGCUUAGAAAUAUGCAUGUUUACUUUAAAAGGAAUUUAUUGUAAUAAUUCAAUUUCCCAAAUUUACUGUAUGAAACCGAGAGCAGCAUACAUCAUAUAUGGUACUUUCAUUUUUAUUAACACUACAUUUCUCCCUAUUCUUUUUAUUAUUUUUACAUAUGCUAAAAUACUUAUUGUAUCCUAUCAAAGUAGCAUAAAUUUUAGGGUAAGAGCUAUCCAGACUUGUUCACCUCACCUUUUGGUUCUAAUAAGCUUUUCCUGUUUCUAUUCAUACGAUGUUGUAAUAGCUCGGAUGGAAGUUGAUUUGGACAAAACGGUACGCUUUAUAAUGUCUUUACAAGUGAUUUUGUAUCAUCCUCUCUUUAAUCCAAUUAUAUAUGGUCUAAAAUUGAAGAAAAUUUCUGAGCAUCUUAAGGGAAUAUUUGCUCGUGGCAAACUCACUGUGUGUGUCAGAAUUAAUGUCUGUUGA